UUUUUUUAAAUUUUUUAAAUUUUUAUGAUUUUUGCUUUUUUCCAUUUUUUAACUAUCCCUCGUGUUAAAAUCUUUAGCUUGUCGUAUGCUGCUAAAGAACUGUAUCGUUAAGACUUUUUUAACACCUUUGGUACAAACUUCUUUUUACUUUCUGUAAAGUAAUUUUUUUUGUCAAUCUGUUCGUGCAUUUCUUUAUAGCCAUCUUUAUCUUUAUAUAUAAUAAAUAAAUUAUCUGAUAGACCGUGGACUCAUAGAGUUGGUUUUUUUUUGAAAUUGAUGGGUUUGGAUUUAUCUGAUGAAACUUUGACUCUGCGGAUUAAAAAUUCAGAAUCUUGAAGAUUUCUUUUCAAGAUAUAAGAGUUCUGAAUUUUUAGGUAUGUCUGUGUUAGUUUUAAAAUUUCUUCGGCGGAACCGCCUCCUUCUUGGACUGUUGAAUUUUCUGGGGUUUCAAUAAGUUAUGUGAUUUUAUAGCUUUGAAUUUUGAACUGAUUUUUGUGGGGCUGCGCUUGUUGUCAGGUGUUGAACUUCUUUGAAGGUUAUUCAAAGUUAUGUAACAACCCAUUUAUGCAGCUGUUCCUCUUUGACAAUUUUAUGAGAUUAUUGUGAUAUUGACGUGUGCUAUUUUUAUUGUCAAGAAUAUACCAUAGAUUUAAAAACUGAGGUUGGUGAUUUUGUGUGACGAAAAUGGAGAAAAAUGGGGAAGAGGGUUGGAGGGAGAUGGUGAGGAAGAUGCUUCCUCCAGGGGCUCCCAUUCCGGAUGACGAUAACUUGGAUUACUCCAUAGCUCUGGAGUAUAAGGGCCCCCCAGUUUCCUAUGAAGUUCCGCGAGUAGAACCUAUUGACAUGAAUUUGGAUGGGAUUCCGACUGCUGAACCCCUUUCAGAAUCUAGAAGAUCAUUUGCACGUGACGCAGCCCCUGUAAUCGAACCAAUUCCUUUGCCAGUAUCUCGGAUUGCAAAUGUCACAAGUCCAACAAAUCAAAGUCCGAGGAUAUCAGGAAGUUCGGAGUCUGUGGUAUCCGUCUUGCAAAACCCUGAAUCUUCUUCACGUUCCCAUUCCGCUUCUCCAGGUUCUGUGCACAGUAGAUGUAAUAAUGCUCCAAAAGAGCCUCCCGGUGAAGGAAAGAGAGCCACGGUAGUCACCUUUAAUACUGUUGAUAGAUCCGAAAGAAGAGUGAUUGAUAUGGAGAAACAAUUGUUUCCUGAGUUUGUAGGUGUGAUCAAAGAGAAAAAGAAGAGGAAAAAAACAAGAGUCUGUCAUAGAUGUGGAAAAGGGAAGUGGGAAACCAAGGAAUCCUGCCUAGUUUGUAAUGCAAAAUAUUGCAGUAAUUGUGUGCUGAGAGCAAUGGGUUCCAUGCCUGAAGGGCGCAAAUGUGUUACCUGUAUAGGCGAGCCAAUUGAUGAGUCAAAUCGAUCCAAAUUGGGGAAACAUUCAAGAUUGUUGUCACGUUUACUUAGUCCUUUAGAAGUCAAACACAUAAUGAAAACUGAAAAGGAAUGUUCUGCUAAUCAGCUACGGCCAGAGCAGUUAAUUGUGAAUGGAUAUCCUUUAAAGCCAGAAGAGAUGGCGGAACUUUUUGGAUGCCCUUUGCCCCCAAGGAGACUGAAGCCAGGAAGGUAUUGGUAUGACAAGGAAUCAGGUCUCUGGGGAGAGGAGGGAGAGAAACCCGAUAGAGUUAUAAGCUCAAACUUAAACUUCACUGGGAAACUUAAUUCCCAUGCAAGCAAUGGCAAUACUGAGGUUUACAUGAAUGGUCGAGAAAUCACGAAACUUGAACUGAGAGUACUGAAGCUUGCACAUGUGCAAUGUCCACGUGAUACUCAUUUCUGGGUGUAUGAUGAUGGUCGUUAUGAGGAGGAAGGUCAAAAUAAUAUCAGAGGCAAUAUCUGGGAAAAGGCAUCAACACGAUUUGUCUGCUCCUUGUUCUCCUUGCCUGUGCCCCAAGGUCAACCUCAUGGACAAUCUGAUGAGGCCAGCAAUUAUACUGCCGUCCCGAAUUAUCUAGAGCCGAAGAAAAUUCAGAAGCUCCUUCUAGUUGGACUUCAAGGUUCAGGAACUAGUACUAUUUUCAAACAGGCCAAAUUCUUGUACGGCAAUAAGUUUUCCACCCAAGAACUGGAGGAUAUUAAGCUUAUGAUCCAAAGCAACAUGUACAAGUAUCUCAGCAUUCUACUUGAUGCACGAGAACGCUUUGAGGAGGAGUCCAUUUCAAAUACAAAGGCAGAAGGUCCUCUUGAUAAUAUCUCUGAAACAGGUAAUGGGUGAAAAGCAUUGAAGAUAUGUGCAUUAGUUAGUUAGUUUGUUUCUCUCUCUCUCUUUUUAUUUUUAUUUUUAUUUUUAGUGAACGAUCAUAUUGCAUUAUUUUACCAUUUAAAUUUUCUGUUGCGAUGCUAACAUGACGUGCUAGGAUAUAUUCUAUUGGGAAAAGAAUUACAUAUACUGCAUUUAACAAGUGAAAGUCUCAUCAUAUUCUAUGUUUAGAUGGGGACUUGAAUCCUCUUUCUUCAUUUUCUCUUAAGCCACAAAGGAUCCUGUCA